AUGAAAUUUUCAGCCAUCAUUCUCUUGAUGGUUGCUCUUUUGGCUCCAAUUAAACCCGUCGAUGGCAUCAUUUAUAAGAUCAAUAGCACUCAAGUUGCAGAUGUUGCUUUCCCCAAAGAUUGUAUUGAAAAAUUCGGCGAUGAAGGCGCGAACAUAUUUUGGAAUGCCCUAAAGGACAAAAAUGUUGAACGCGGAGAAUUCCUCCAACUGCCUGAGGGCAUCCAUUUUUUAGGAGAUAAAGAUGAAGUUUCAAUUCUCGGUAAUCCGGAUGUCAGAAAGACUUUAUUCGGCUAUUAUCUAAUUUCACAAAAUAUUAUUGUAACUAUAUACAAUCACCAUGCUUUGAAAAGUAAAAACUCAGAUGCAUGGCAUAUUGUUGAUGGCAAGAAACCGGUUAAAGCUAAUGACAUAACUAUUCUUUUAUGUUCGCCUAGAAAGGAUAUCUAUAGAGAAUUUGACAAGUUUAGGUUUUUAACAAUACGGAUCAUGCCAGUUUGGAAACGAAAAGAGAUUGAUGACUGCAGGGAUAAAAUUUUCAUUUAUGCUGAUGAAGAAGAUCAUCAAAAACAGCUUGAUAAAGCGAUUAAAAAAUGUAACAUGGAUAUAUUUAAUUAUAUUGGUGACUCUACAGGUACAGAUGUUAGCCACAAGCUCGUACACAUCUAUAUAAAUUUCCCAUUCACUUAUGAAGAGGUUGUAAAGGACGAAAAUGAAAUGGAUUUAGAUCUAGUUCAAGUGAUAUUCAUGCUGGAUCGAGACGGAACAAAUUUGCGUACUGAAACAUUUUUAAGCUUAAAGUCAGGAAUUAGUAAUUCGUUAUUGGGCAUAUCAUUUGAACAGAUUGCUCAUCAGGUGCUACGAGAUGGAGGAAUUUUCAAGACUCAUUCUUUAGGAUUCAAUGAUAUAGAGGAAACCUCACUAUUAACAGGCAGAAUGACCUUUUUAAAAGUAAUAUCAGUGUAA